GAUCAUCUGCAGCCGCGGCACGCACGCGCGCUCACACAAGAGGAGGCGAGCGAAGCAGGCGAAUAGCGCAAGCAGCCCUCGCGGAAGUGGCAGCGAGCUGAGGCGGCGCUCCGCGAAAUUAGCAUACCCGCUUAGCGGUUCGCCGAGGCGGAUGGAAGGUUGAACGCCGCCCGCUGGCACCUCCCCCCCUUCCCCCCGAGAAAAAAAAAACAAAACAAAAAACAACAACAAUAACCUAAGUCCUUUCGAGCCCGACGACGCAAGCAACCGAGUCCGGGCUCGUCUCUUCCGGCCCUUCUUGACGUCCGCCAGCCGCGGAGAUGGGCGACAAGGCGGGUACGAGAGUCUUCAAGAAAUCCAGUCCAAACUGUAAGGUGACGGUCUACCUGGGCAAGCGGGACUUUGUGGACCACCUGGACCACGUGGAUCCAGUAGACGGUGUCAUCCUGGUGGAUCCCGAGUACCUGAAGGACAGGAAAGUCUUCGUCACGCUGACCUGCGCCUUCCGCUAUGGCCGGGAGGACUUGGACGUGCUGGGUCUGUCCUUCCGCAAGGACCUGUACAUCUCCACCUUCCAGGCCUUCCCGCCCGUCCCCGAAGAGCGCAAAGCCAACAGUCGACUGCAGGAGCGGCUCCUCAAGAAGUUGGGGCAGCACGCGCACCCUUUCUACUUCACUAUCCCUCAGAACCUUCCGUGUUCCGUCACGCUCCAACCGGGACCCGAAGACACCGGAAAGGCGUGCGGUGUGGACUUUGAGAUCCGGGCAUUCUGUGCCAAGAACAUGGAGGAGAAAAUCCACAAGAGGAACUCGGUGCGUCUGGUGAUCCGCAAGGUGCAGUACGCGCCGGAGAAGGCGGGGCCUCAGCCCAUGGUGGAGACCACUCGCAGCUUCCUGAUGUCAGACAGGUCGCUGCACUUGGAGGCUUCGCUGGACAAGGAGCUUUACUACCACGGCGAGCCCAUCAGCGUCAACGUGCACGUGACCAACAACUCCACCAAGACCGUCAAGAGGGUCAAGAUCUCAGUGCGCCAGUACGCCGACAUCUGUUUGUUCAGCACGGCGCAGUACAAAUGUCCUGUGGCGCAGCUGGAGGCCGACGACCAGGUGUCGUCCAGCUCCACCUUCUGCAAAGUCUACACGCUGACGCCCACCCUGGACAAGAACCGCGAGAAGCGAGGCCUGGCGUUGGACGGGAAGCUCAAACACGAAGACACCAACCUGGCCUCUUCCACCAUUGUUAAGGAUGUGACCAACAAGGAGGUGCUGGGCAUCCUGGUGUCUUACAGGGUCAAAGUCAAGCUGGUGGUCUCACGUGGGGGCGACGUGUCGGUGGAGCUGCCGUUCAUCCUCAUGCACCCGAAACCGGCGGAGCCGCCCGCGUCACGCCCACAGUCGGCCCUGCCCGAUUCGGACCCGCCCAUCGACACCAACCUGAUCGAGUUCGACACCAACAGCGUCUCCCAGGACGACGACUUUGUCUUUGAGGACUUCGCCCGCCUGCGCCUGAAAGGGGUGGUGGACGACAAAGACGAGGACUGCUAGGAGCGGCCCCGCCCGCUCGCAACACACGUCCACGCACACACGUACACGCACACACGUAUGCACAGGCACGUUACAUUCCCCGGCGGAGGGACGGAGGGCGAUGAAAAUCGGGCGCCGCCCGGGCGAUCCGCCGCCGCGCCAUCUUCUCCGCGUUUUGUUUUGAUCCGAGGAUCUUCACCCAUCGCAUUUCCCAGAGUUCCUUUUGCGUAUUGACAGCAAGUGGAGGUUUUCGUCCACCUUCCGCUUUUGGGCAAACGGCGUUCGGGAGCCGCGAGGAGGUUUUCGGUCGCCUUGCGACAACGAAGGCCGCUUGAAAGCUUUUUUUUUUUUUUAGCCGCCGCUGGUCACCGUUUGCUAAAAGAAAAAAAAAAAAAAAAAAGACAAAAGGUAAGGCCGGUUGAGAACCUCCAUUUGCUGUCAGAUGGACAAAACGGCUUUGAAGUGAAGGUCAAUUCAAACGUCGCCUGAACUGUGAGGUGAAUCGCAACCCGCAUUUGCUGACAAAGCAUCAGAUUUUUUUCUUCCUUGUAAUAGUUGACCAGAAAAAAAAAAAAAAAAAUCAAACCUGUGUUUGCCGUGCUAUUCAAAGAAGCGUAACACUGUCAGUUGAAGGAGGUCAACAAAAAAGGAAGCUUUUAAAAAUGACUUUUUAGUUUGGAAAUCCUUUUCAAUGUGCAGCUUUUUUUUUUUUUUAAACACCCGCAGCGAUGAUGAUGUCAUACAGAAUUGUCGAUUUUCAAAAGGUGUUAAUACCUGAAGGAGGGGGGGGGGGUUCGCCCGCCGUCCACAUCACUUGCAACAUUCCUGUGCCGCCGCCGCCCCCUCCCACGCCACACAUAAUUCGAGCGGUCGGUGGCAUUCUCCGCCUCAGUUCCCGUCUCAGCCUUUUCCAUUUUGAAAGUUCCAAAAUGUUCUCGAGUGCCAUGAUCCCGUUCAGCCAGUAAGAAGCGUUUCCUGUGGCAUCGAUUGCAUCAUGGCUCAAAACAAAAAUCAAUCAAAUCAACAUUCGCUUUUUUUUUUUUGCGUUGUUUGCUUUGGAUUUUUUUUGGGCUCCCUGCAAUGGUUGGCCACGCCCCCAAAAGGGAAAGAGGCGGAGCAUGUUCUUUGCAGUGCCGUGAUUGGUCGUCGUGGUCGUUUUUAGUCGUGCAUGUGCGCUAACUUUUUUUUGCGACGCGCGUGAUGUGUCAAAACGUGUGCGUUAACUUUUUUGCCACAAACAGGAAGUGACUUAAAUGCUUGGUUAUAAUCAUUCACAUGGUUUAUUUUAUUUGAAAUUGUUUUUAGGAUUAAAGGUGAAAAACAAAACGAAAA